GCACAGCGAGCAGAGCAAAGCCACCUUGAGUGGUGGCAGUGAGGGAGGCAGCGAGCCAUAAGGCGGUUUCUCUGGCAGGUGGCUGGCUCCGCAGGUGUCGGGGCAGGCAGAGCUGGGUACCAGCCCGGCCAUCAAUAAUGCAGGGAGGGGCUCACAUGCCCUUGCUGGCUGUCGCAGGAUUCCUCUCUCCCCAAGAGUCCGGUUACUUCCAGGGAUCAAGUUCCAGCCUCUCGGCUGGUGAAUUAUUAAACUCCAGCGGUGCUGCAUUCCCUUUGUACCGCGGCUGUGUCUUCCUGCUCUCCUUCCUUGUCAGCAAAGGCCUCUUGCCAUCCAGCCGGCUGUGCGGAAGCAGAGUCCUCCAGACCAGGAUAGCACCUUGUGCUGUUCUUUAUUCCUUCCUCCUCUCUGGGAGAGAGGAAAAGGCUCCAGAGAUGGACCUGUCCUACAGAUCCACCAUCUCCAUCUAUAAGAGCAUCCUGGAGCAGUUCAACCCUGCGCUGGAGAACCUGGUGUACCUGGGAAACAACUACCUGCGUGCCUUCCAUGCAUUAUCCAAAGCAGCUGAAGUGUAUUUUAAGGCAAUUGAAAAGAUUGGGGAGCAAGCGCUCCAGAGCUCAACCUCACACAUGCUGGGUGAAAUUCUGAUGCAGAUGUCCAACACGCAGAGAGUCCUGAGCUCUGAUUUGGAAGUGGUGGCUCAGACCUUUCACGUGGACCUGCUGCAGCACAUGGAGAAGAACACCAAAAUGGAUGUACAGUUCAUCAGUGAGAGCCAGAAGCAGUAUGAACUGGAGUACCAACGCAGAGCCGCUAACCUGGAUAAGUGCAUGGCAGAGCUGUGGAGGAUGGAGAGAGCCCGUGAUAAGAAUGUCCGUGAGAUGAAGGAUAACGUGAUGCGGCUGCGCUCGGAGAUGCAGGCGUUCGUCUCUGAGAGCCAGAGAGAGGCUGAGCUGGAGGAGAAACGCCGCUACCGCUUCCUGGCUGAGAAGCACCAGAUGCUCUACAACACCCUCCUCCAGUUCUAUAGCAGGGCUCGGGCCAUGAUCCAGACCAAGGCACCGCAGUGGAAGGAGCAGCUGGAGGCCACUCGCAACCCCUCAAACAGCCACUCGCAGGGCCUUCUCGGAGCCUCUCAUGGGCAAGGGUAUCCAUCGGGCCGGCUCACCCCCACCCACCUGGAGAUGCCCCAGAGACCCCUUGGGGACUUCACUUCCUCCAUGACUGGGAGUAGAUCCAGCCUCUUCUCUCCGGAGCCUCCAGAAAUGAGACUGUCUCCUCAGCCAGAGCCCCCCAGGCAGCCACUGCAGAGGACACCAUCAGCCAGUUUGCUCCCGACCGGCCGCACUUCCCGGUCGGGUUCCUUCGGCGAGGCCAGAAGCAGCGGCAGCGAAGGCAGGAGGACGAGCGGCAUGGCGAGAGUGCAGGCUAUCGUGCCCCACACGACCGGCGUCAACCGGACCCUGCUACGGUUUGACCCCGGGGAUGUCAUCACGGUGCUGAUGCCCGAGGCACAGAACGGCUGGCUCUAUGGCAAGCUGGAGGGCUCGUCCACGUGCGGCUGGUUCCCUGAAGCUUAUGUCAAGCCUCUGGAGGAUGCGAGAGAGAUGGAGGAGCCAGCUACCAGGUCUUUCCCACUGCGAAGCAGUCACAGUAUGGAUGAUAUCCUGGACCGUCCCAGCACUCCUUCCUCUAGCAAUUACUGGCCUGCCACUGCCCAGCCCCAUUUGCCGAGCCCACCUCCCCUCUCAAUGGGUGCCAGCAGUCACCAGAGUGGGGUCGUCACCCCGGUCAGUUCUGGCUCCAAGAAAUCAGGAAUAUUUGACCAGCCCCCUGAACUCUUCCCACGAGGUACCAACCCCUUUGCCACAGUGAAGCUGCGUCCCACAGUCACCAACGACCGCUCAGCACCCAUCAUCCGAUGAAGCAGGGCUGCAGAUCAUGGACAAUGUCAGAAGGGAAGGAGGGGGCAUAGAAGAUAUGGGCUGUGCCCCUCCAGCUGGGCAGCAACUUAGUGCUACCACUCAUGGAGUAACCUUUCUUUUCCCCUCCCUUACCUCUGGGACAUCAAGACUUCACUGGGCUGCCCGGCACACUAUAGCCAGCAGCAGAUCCCUUCUGUGCCCCCUCCCUGUGUGAUGUUACUGUACUUGAAUGGGAGAAGUGUGGUGUUACUGGUGCUGGUGCCCUGGGAGAGGGGAUGCUGCUGCUCUUCGAGGUGGAGGGAUGGGCGGGUAAGGUCAUCUGCAGCAUGGGGCAGUGCCAGCAGGAUGACAAAGGUGAAGCUAUAUUGGCCCUGCUGUUGGCAGAGAAGGGCUCUCACCAAACAGUCCCUUUGCUACCAGAAUGAACCCCAAAGGGAGGAGGCCACAGGAGGUCUCUCAGUGCUGUGGACCAGCUGACAGGGUCUGCACAUGUAGUGUAGUGCUCUGCCCUCAGCCCCUUUGUAGCAGCAUCUGCCCCUUCCUACCGCCAGCGC